AUGCCUACUCUCAAAGAUCUCGCAUGUGUCAUUCAGUGGGCCAACACUGGUUCUCCUUUUCCAGAAUAUGCCACUCAGUAUGGCGAUAGUGUCGUCGAAACUUACAUUGCAAUCCCCAGUCAUCCUCAAGCUUUCACAAUCAGACUGACGUCGAGGAGGUUCAUCUGUGAAGGUCUAGCCAUGAUUGUCUACAUUGAUGGCAAUUAUCAGUGCAACCGUAACAGAGUCAAUUUACAGCCACACAAGAAAGAUCUUCCUCAAGACAGAUCCGAGGUUGAUUUCAUUGUCAGACAGAAGGAAAAACCUAUGGGCGAUGGGACUUACAUGGGUCGUGAAUGGCGCUUUGAUGACCACAACAUUGUCUCCACCCUUCCACCCGGUGUCAAUCAGCGCCACUUUGAUGAAUUAGGCACCAUUGAAGUUCUGGUUCUGCGAUGCAAGGCAAGCAACCCAAUCCAAGCUGAGAUGUCAUCGCCUUCCUCCGGUGAACAUAGCCUACUGCAUUUCGAUGAUCUGAACCCCACCGAGGAGGUUGCAAAUCAAGCUGGUCCGACCAAUGGGCCACUGAUAGAUGAUCAGGAACUUGAACAAGAGGAUGCAGGUCUAGGUGGUUUAUUCGGUCUUUUCGAUGGUCCUUCGGAUUAUCCUCCUGGUUCCUAUGGCCGCCAUUUGCCUCCGCCUUCGAAUGGGUAUCAGCCUCAAAUUUGGCCACAGCUUGGAAAUGCUUACGAACGCUACGAUCCUCAUAGAUCAGCUGGCCCUCCAUAUGCACCCCAACAAGGACCUUCUCAGCUUCAUUAUUACCGUCCUGAACCCGAACCUAUCAACGUUUCCCGCCAGAAAACUUUCACCCGUGAAAGAUAUCCACCACAUCAAGGCGCUGACUAUGGACCUGGCGGACCCAAUCGGAGGGCUCACUUUGAUCAUGCAAAUCCCAAUAUCCCUCCUGAGCCCCACUACGAUCACAUCCCACACCAGCCCGACCGACCUACAUGGCAAGGUAAUCCACCAAAUGCGUAUGAUCGAGUGACUUCGGAGUAUCAGCGACCACAAACACACCUACGAACUCCAAACACACAUGCAGAUUAUGCCCUUCCCUCUGACAAUCAUUAUACAUAUGAUGCGGAAACUCGUGCCUACCAUGGGUAUCCCGCUCAUAGCCAGAUGAACGGCGGCGAGUGGCCAGCAGAUGGUCAUGGUCGUAUGCCAUUACACCCCAGUGCGUAUCUAGGCCAUCCAGGUUACCAGCAUAUCCAAAGCUUUGGUCACCAACCCAGAUAUGCUCACCGCCCACCCAAUCAUCCCGCUUUCCAUGUUCAACAAGGCCCUUGGGUUGCUGCACAGCCACCCAUGCAUCCUCAGCCUAUUCCCAUAGUGAUCCCUCCAAGUCUCAUUCCGAUUCCACAUCCAGUCACUGGAGUACCAAUCUGCCCUGCACCAAAUCCUGCGCCAUUUUUCCCUACACCGCCAACCCCAUGGUUCGGCCAGCCUUCUGUUGAUCAGAGCGUCCCGCAGCAUACGUCAGGCGGUGAAGCAGCAACGAACAUUGUCAAUACUUCUGGUGCAGAUGUGCCCAGAUCUGGAGCCACAGGAAACAACGACUCUUCCGCAGCCCCUGAUGCUUGGGGCAACCCGAGCAACGACCAAAAUACCACUGCGAAUACCAAUUCGAAUAAUACUCAGACAAACAAUGGCGAUGAUUGGAAUAAUAACAGUGGUGGCCAGACUAACGAUGGCAAUGGCUGGGCCAAUACUGCCAAUGACACUGCCAAUAACAAUCAAAACGCCAACGGAGAUGAAUGGGCCAAUGCCAAUAACGACAACAGCAAUCAAGACAACAACGGAGAUGAAUGGGCCAAUGUCAACAAUGACAACAGCAAUCAGAACACUAAUGGAGAUGGAUGGGGCAAUACCAAUAACGACAACACUAACCAGAAUGAAAGCGGAGGUGGAUGGGGAAAUGACAACAGCAACCAAAACAAUAACGAAAAUGGGUGGGAUACCAGCAAUGAGAACCAGAAUAGCAAUGAACAAAAUUGGGACAACAACAAAGAUGCAACCCAAAACAACACCGGUGGCGGCUGGGCAGAUAAUGGCCAGGACAGCAAGCCUCAGCCUGACAACUGGAACGACAACCAAGCCACCAACACGAAUGACAAUGCUGUAUCAACUCUAACACCAGUGAACAACGGUCUGAGAUCUUUGUAUGGACCACAUGGCGCUUACCUUACCCCCAAGGUAUUUGCAGAUGAUGUCCCUGCCGAUGCAGAAGAGGAACCGCGAUAUGACGUUCCACAAGCCAUUGCAAAGGACAGAGGAACUUCAAAACAAGUUCAGCCUGGGAAGGGGUACAUCUACAAUAAGAAAAGAUGUGCCCCCAUAUACAUCGACACAAUGGACGAGCCGUAUGCAAGAUUCGUUUUCAAAUAUCGCACCAAAGAGCAGAUAAAGAGUGAGACCGGCAUCGAAAUCACUGCUGAGCCAACUGGCGACGAGCACUUCAAUGCAUUGGAGCAGCUAGACAAGGCCGAACUCAUCCAGAUGGUGCUCCGAGCCAAAGGUGCAUUGGGCGGACAGAUUCCAGCUCCGUCACCAAAAGAUACAACAGUCGAGACUCCUCUAAUAUUGUUCGAGCAAGUUCCCGUCGCCCCACCUGAGGUUCCCUUCCUCAAAUAUAGCCUGCCACCAGGCCGAGCAGUUUCGAGCCCAGGUCUGGGUAUCAAGACCGGAACAAGCAACAACUCAAGCAAUCAACAGAGCUCGGCUGAUCAAAACUGGGGAUCGAGUGGGAAUAACAACAACAACACAAACGGGAAUGGCUGGGACAAUAACGACAGUGGCGGAGGAGCGUCAGGCUGGAACGACAGCCCCGCAAACAACGACAAUAAUAAUAACAACAACUCCGGAGGAGGCGCAGGCUGGGACGGCCAACAAGAAAGCAAUGAUGCCACGACAAAACCCAACGGCCAGAGCAAUACCGGAAAACCAAAGGCACAAGAAGAAGCCGACGAGACUGCCAAAUACAUUGCCAGCAUGGCAACCGCCGCAGGUCCAGUUGCUCUAGAUUGGAGCACUCCGACAGCAGCACCGAAGAUCCAGACCAUCGGGAGUGGAGUUGUCGGAGGAGGGACCACCUCGGUGUCCUACAGCAAUGACAAACCACCGACGCCUCCGCUCAAGCCAUGCAGCCCGCCCAUGCAGUCCAGCGGCGAUUGGGGAAUGGGACCGCCGCUGGAAGAUGAGGCGCCGACUGGUGUUGUCAGUGGCUGGUGA